UUUUCUUUCCCACUUUUAAAAAUACUUGUUAAGAAGGCUCAUAAGGCUAUCCUCUGAUUUUAGGGUAGACUUCAGUUGUUGGCCCCACUGAACGUGCGCGCGUUUCUUCUCGGCUGACAAAAAGAGAACGAGUGCUUUAUUCAUUUUUGCCGUUCUGUCGGGUUCUGUCGUUCUAUCAUUCUUGAGUGAAUUCUUCGUCUUCCAAAGGUCCGAAACUUCUUUUCUUUUGUCACCAUGGCAAAUGAAAAAUUUGGUGUUCCUAGAGUCAGUGUAACUGGCACCAUGCUGCAGACUAACCGGUACAUGGAAAAGAAUGUGAGGUUGGUUGGCUACGUCGUGAAGAACACUGGAAAUAGUGUUGACGUUAACACUGGAGAUAAUAUCACUGUCAAACUGCAAUUCGAUGCUCCACUUGAUGAACCAUUGGAAGGUCUCAUCGAUGUCUUUGGAAGAGUGACUGGAAAGGAUCUUAUUCUAGUAGAGCACUACCUUACGGUUGUUCCUGAAAUUGCUGAAGAUUUUGAUUUGCCCAACUAUAAUAAGGCUAUAACAUACCUAGGAUCCUCUGAUAAUCCGUGGACUCAGAUUGAUUUCUGAAACUGUCAAACAAGUUGACAAUGUGUGAUUAAUCUGGCUUUGCCGGCUUUGCUGUAUUUUAUUUUUUUUACCCCCUAGUAUUAUUAUGUUUCUAUUUAAUUGAUGUGUAUCAAGUCAAAUAAAUUUAUAAAUGAUGAUA